CGUGAUUGCUUGGUUUUGAAAGCUAGCAUGCCCGCGGCCAAUUCGAAAAGAGUGUACCCAGCAGUAGUACUCUAGCUAGCUGACUGUAAUAGAGCCACACUCAUUUUCCAUUCAACAGUCGCGUUACACAACGACAUGGCACAACCGGGAACAAUGGAUGAUUACGUGAAAAUAGAGAAAAUUGGAGAAGGUACCUAUGGGGUUGUGUACAAAGGCAGACACAAGUCGACAGGCCAGGUAGUGGCCAUGAAGAAGAUCCGACUGGAGAGUGAGGAGGAGGGAGUGCCAAGCACAGCUGUCAGAGAGAUCUCUCUGCUCAAAGAGCUAGCGCACCCUAAUGUUGUACGCCUUCUAGAUGUGCUGAUGCAGGAGUCCAGACUGUACCUCAUCUUUGAGUUCCUUUCCAUGGACCUGAAGAAAUACCUAGACUCUAUCCCCUCGGGCCAGUACAUGGACCCCAUGCUUGUGAAGAGCUAUCUGUACCAGAUCUUGGAGGGCAUCCUGUUCUGCCACUGUAGAAGGGUCCUCCACAGAGACCUGAAGCCCCAGAACCUGCUGAUUGACAACAAGGGAGUGAUCAAGCUGGCAGACUUUGGGUUGGCCAGAGCCUUCGGGGUGCCAGUCCGGGUAUAUACCCACGAGGUUGUGACACUGUGGUACAGGGCUCCUGAGGUUCUGCUGGGUGCCGCACGGUACUCCACCCCUGUGGAUGUCUGGAGUAUCGGGACCAUCUUUGCGGAGUUGGCCACAAAGAAACCACUUUUCCAUGGAGACUCAGAGAUUGACCAGCUCUUCAGGAUCUUCAGGGCCCUUGGUACUCCCAACAAUGACAUCUGGCCAGAGGUAGAAUCUCUGCCUGACUACAAGAACACGUUCCCCAAGUGGAAGUCAGGGAAUCUGUCCUCCAUGGUGAAAAACCUAGAUAAGAAUGGCAUUGAUCUGCUCGCUAAAACGCUGAUCUAUGACCCACCCAAGAGGAUCUCUGCUAGACAGGCUAUGAGCCAUCCAUACUUUGAUGACCUGGACAAAACCACUCUACCUGCCAGCACGGUCACAAUGUAAAUGUCACAUGGCUACUCAAAGGACCUGAAAAAGAGUACAAUUAUGGAUGUGUAUUGAAUUUGUUGAUUUGAUUUUUUUGUAUAUUUGUUCUUUCUUUGUUUGUCCUUUUUCUAUCUAAUAUGAAUAACUAUUCUGUAAAUAACUUUUAUGUAAAAAAACUAAGUUUGGAUCUAAAGUGACAGUAUAUUUUCAAUAAAUUGCACUUUUGCAGAACUGA